AUGCCUUUCAUGGUGGCUCUAACUGCUAUUGCUUUUCCAAAUGGAGUACAGAUUGUUGCUUCAGAGUCGACACCAAAGUUCACGGCGAUGUUCGCUUUUGGCGACUCGUUGACCGACCCUGGGAAUAACAAUUACUUGAAUUCGUUAGCAAAGGCGAAUUACGUGCCUUACGGGGUCGAUUUCGACGAAGGGCCUUCCGGUAGAUUUUGCAAUGGAAAAACUGCUAUAGACUAUAUUGGGGAAUUGUUGGGAUAUCCUGCUCUGUUGGCCUACACAAGUCCUUUAGCGACCGGCAAAAAUGUACUCAGGGGAGUGAACUAUGCUUCGGCUGCAGGAGGGAUUCUUGAAGAAACGGGACGAAGCCUUGGUGAAAGAUUCAGCUUGUCUGAACAAGUUGAGAACUUUGAGAGCACUUUGAAGCAAUUGAGGAACCAAAUGACAGAUGAGGAAUUGGUCACUCAUUUGUCCAAAUCAUUAGUUGUAAUGUCCUUAGGCAGCAAUGACUACAUAAAUAACUACCUUCAGCCUUCUUUCUAUAGCACCAGUUACAUCUACACCCCUAAAGACUAUGCCGAUCUCCUCAUAAAUCGCUACACGAGACAAAUUCUGGCACUUCAUAGCUUGGGCCUGCGAAAAUUUUUUCUAGGAGGUAUCGGGCCACUCGGCUGCAUCCCCAACCAACUAGCCGCCAAUCUUCCGCCACCGGGAAAGUGUGUGGACUCCACCAAUAAUAUGGUCGAGAUGUUCAAUAACCGGCUCGUUUCUCUCGUGGAUCAACUAAAUAGCAAGCAUAACAAUGGCUCUGUUUUCACUUAUGGCAAUACAUUUGGAGCAUUUGUUGACAUACUUAACAAUCCUAAGAUUUACGGGUUUAGUGUGAUAGAUAGAGGUUGUUGUGGAAUAGGAAGAAACAGAGGACAAAUAACAUGCCUCCCGUUUUCGCUGCCAUGCCCGAACAGAAAUCAGUACGUAUUCUGGGACGCUUUUCACCCGACCGAAGCAGCCAAUCAGAUCCUAGCACGACGAGCUUAUUCGGGCUCCACCUCAGAUUGUUAUCCUGUUAACAUUCAACAGAUGGCUCUAAUGUGA